AUGGCUCACAAUGGCACAAUAUCACCGACGACCAGAGAAGCCAUCACAACAAACUCGCUUAACAUCGAUAUUGCCAAUGUAUCUAAAGUCACUUCAAUAAAAAAGAUGGAACCUAAAGACGCCGACUGGUCAGAGAUGUGUUCCGAUUCCAUGAAAUUGAUUCUUGAAAGCUUGAGCUUUCCCGACUUCCAUCGAGCAAGAACCGUUUGUUCAAGCUGGUACUCUGUUUCUAAAUCAUGCGUUGCGGGAUCAAGAAGCAGGUAUCCAUGGCUGAUCCUUUUCCCAAACUUUUCGGGAUCUUGUACACUGUUCGAUCCUCUUGAAAACAAGACCUACAAGACAAGAAAUCCCGGAAAAAGUCGUUGCCUUGCAAGUUACGGUAACUGGUUACUAAUGUUGACUCCUCGUCUCGAUUUCUUCGUCUUAAAUGUGUUUACUUGCGAGAGAAUUAGUCUUCCAUCUCUUUCACUCCAAGGAGGUAAAGUGAGAUUCCAAAGAAAAGACGAUGACGGAGUACUCUUCCUCGAACACUCUCCUAAGGAUCGUGAGACAAUCAUCAAUAGGUAUAUCGAGACGGCUGUUUUAUGGAUUGAUGAGAAAACGAAAGAUUUUGUGGUUUGUUGGAUUUACAACAGUCAGUACUUGUUCUCUUACAAGAAAGGGGAUGAUUCUUGGUGGCAUCUUGAAGACACAAAGUGUUUAGCUAUGGCUUACAAAAACAAAAAGCUUUGUGUUUAUACAUGGUCUCAGUACAUUAAGAUUCUUGAUUUCUCUGAAGAUUUCCCGAAAGAGAUCGUCGAAGAAAACCCGUAUCUGAAUCAUCGGGUUUACUACACUCCACAACAUAGUAGGGAAUCUUGGAGGGAGAGAGUAGCAAUCACAAGUUCAGGAGAUGUUCUGAUCAUUGUGAGCAUAAGAAAAACGUUAAUAGAGAAUCAAGAGAAACCAUACUUCUUUAAGAUCUUUAAGAUGAAUGUUGAAGGAACCGAAUGGGAAAGAGUAGAUUCUUUAGGUGAUGAGAUGCUUGUUUUUGGUGAUGGCUUCAUCAAGGGCAAUUUGAUUUAUUUCGUUUCUGAUGAUUCUUGGGACCCCGUGAGUGAUCAACCCUUUCAAAGUAGUACCGGUGUUUAUGAUCUUUCUACAACCGAAAAACGCUGGUCUCGAUUCGCUUAUUGCUUGUCCAACAUUCGCUGGUUUGUUCCAGGAUCUGAUAAUAAAUGA